AUGACUCAGGACGAAGAACCAUCUUUUAAAGUAAAGGUAUACGUUUAUGACCUUUCUCAUGGAUUAGCAGCCGUUUACGCCCCUCUGAUACUUGGGAUAAAUAUUGAUGCCAUUUACCAUACAUCAGUAGUUGUGUAUGAUAAGGAACAUUACAUCAACCAGGGAAUUAAUACCUCAACGCCUGGAACCACUAAAUAUGGCACUCCGAAAGAAGUUCUUGACAUGGGCAAGACGUUUGUUACCCCAGAUAUCUUUGAAGAUUUUCUUGAUGAGUUACGGAACCACGAAGACCUCAAAUAUAAUUCUGUUAAGUACGACUUGUUUGAUAACAACUGUAAUCAUUUCACAGACGUGUUACUUGAUUUUUUGGUCGGCAAAAACCUCGAGGAUCGUAUUUUGAAGCUUCCACAGCAGGUAUUGAACUCUCCAAACGGCCAUAUCUUACGACAAAUGAUCGGCUCGUACCAGCCUUAG